AAGUUAUCAUGUUUCAAAUAUGGCGGCAAACAGUGGAUGGUUGGAACUUGAAAGCGAUCCAGGUUCUAACCGUUUUUAUCCGCAUCCACACGUUUAUAUUUUCCACUUACAAUUCCACGUAUGAUAUGUGCACCCUUUGAUAACUUAAUCGUUGUUUUUCUUGAUGUAGGACUGUUCAGCCUUCUAAUUGAGGAGUUCGGUGAGUAGCUUGUCAACAGUCAUUUUAGCUUAGUAGAGUGAAUCAGAAUUCAACAUGCAGUGCUUACAAGGAUCGAUCGAUAAAUGCAUGUAAGGAAAUAUAAAAUAAUUUGGAUCGACACAAACACUGGAUCACGUAAAAGAGCUCUCAUCAUCAAUUAGAGACUCACUGGAGUCAAACGGACUGACAUCGUUCCGCAAUGCAAUGCGCAGUGAAAUCAACACACGUACACAUGCUCUCACUAUUAUGUAAAUAGUUCUGAAAAUACUUUCAUCUAUCUUCCGUUCGUUACUCUGUACUCAGAUCACAAUGACACAUUUAGAAAAUUUUACAUGACUUUUUAUAGUAAAAAAAAAAUGUGGAACGAACUGACAUUUUUGUGGAACGAUCUGACUAUUGAAUGGAACGAUCUGACUUGGAACGAUCUGAUCAUGGAACGAACCGACUGGAUACCUCAUCUACAUUAUAUAUUUAUCCAUAGUUAGUAGAUCUAGAGGGAACCUCUCUACUAAAUAUGAUCAAUCUUAAUACACACCUUUUUGUUUUGUUUUGUUUGUUUAUUUAUUUGCAUUUUGUUUCCUGCUGUGAAAUGGUGGAUGAUUUUCUUGCUCAGUAAGGUUUAUGGUCGUUUCGCCUACGAGUCGUUUUGCCAACGUUCUGUUCACAAACUUUUGAAGUCGUUUCGCGUACGAGUUAGGUCAGUUCCCUAAAUGCUUUCGCCUGAUCAGUGGCUGAAAGAACAAGGUAUAUAUCAUGGUCGAGAGAACAAAGCAUAUACAUGCGCACCGCUCAUUUUGCUUCUUAGUGGAACGACAUAAGACGUUGGUUAACAGGACAUGAGCAAAAGGACUUGUAGGCGAUACGACUGGUCACCAUGAUCACCCUUGGUAAAGAUUUCAAGUUUAGAUUAGGUAAAAGACUAAACCUUGGUCUCUUCUAUCAAAAGUAACCUGCUUCAAUGAUGUAUUAAUCUUUACUUACUAUUAGGUGUGAAAGGUGCUCAGGUUGAGGAAAUAUAUGAUCUUUCAAAACCAUUCAGAGGGUAUGGCAUCUAAUUUUGCUGUGUAUGUUACAGGUCAAAAUUAUAUUGAGGUUUAAUUUUUUUAAAAUAGGUUGAAUCUCUAUUUGCUAUGUCUCCUAGCCCUAAUUAUUCAAGAAUCAGGCCUAGGAGACAAAGGAAAUUGAGAAUUAACCCGUGAAAAUUAACCCUUAAAGUGCCAAUAGUGACCAAAAACAAUUUUCUCCUAAUAAUAUCCAUACAUUGUCAAGAGAUAAAGUUAUAAGAAUUAAUAAAAUGAUCACCAAAGGGAAAAUGCCAUGAUCUUUUAUCAAAUUCUCUCAAGUAAUUCUUAAGAAAAUCUAUGGACAUCAGUUUGGAGAAUUUGUAUGUGGAUAUUGGGGCUUAAAGGGUUAACUUGAACUAAAGUUUGACCUGCAACAUGUAUACUUUACUGCUUAUGUUUUAAUCUAUUGAAAGGUUUUCAGCUGUUUACUGCUGUUUAAGGUGGCCUGAAUCUAUUUAUAUGCAUGUUGGUAAUGUUUUUUAAUCACGUUUUUCAGCAGGAAUGAUUUCUAUGCUUUUUGGUAUCAUUAAUAAAGAAUGGUGGAACUUAAAGAUAGUGUUGUUUAUUUUCUUGUAGGUAUAGAAGCUUUGAGAUCAGGGUGCAAAGAAAGUCAGUUUUACACCUUGCCAUUUGAGCAAGCUGUACCUAGCAUGCACUAGCACGAAAGUCAUUUCAACUAGCCUGAAAAAAAAAUAAUUGAUGAGCAGGACUGAUAACAGUUUUUCCGUAAUUUGAAUUUAAAAAAAUGUCAAUAAUUUCAAAAUCCUAUGACUGAUUUUUUCCUAACUUCAGCAGAUAAGCCGCAGGAUUCUCUUAAAUAAUUUAACUCUCUCAAAAAUCUUCUUCAUGAACAAAAAGAAUAAAUAACUGAACUAUAGCAUCUUUAUCUUUAAUUACAGUGUUGUGUAGGUGAGAGAAAACUUACAGAUACAUGACUGUAUAAUCUCUUUCUUUGCUUUAUGUAGGCCUGUGUAUGGUUUUAUUUUUCUCUUUAAAUGGAUCGAGGAAAGAAGAUCAAGACGCAAGAUGCAGCCCUUGGAAGAAAUGUUUGUGGAGGAUGAAAAUAUUGUACGAGAUAUCUUUUUUGCCCAGCAGGUACAAUUGUAAAAAAAUUAAAACUAACAAUAGUAGAAAGAUGUAUUGAUCAUAAUAUGGGGUAAGAAUGUGGAUAAUGUGGAUAUGUCAUAGAAAAAAGUUACUUUAAUGUGUUAGGAAUUCUUGAGAAUGUAAAGAAAGGCUUAAUAAGUUUGUCCCUUAAAAUGGUAAUUCUAUCCAUUAUUAAUAUUAUUUUUUUGGCCAACAGGUAAUUCCAAACUCCUGUGCCACUCACUCAUUACUGAGUGUUCUGUUAAAUUGUACACAUAUUCACCUAGGAGAAACCCUUAGCAGAUUAAAGGAGUUUUCUAGCAAGUUUGAUCCCGAGGUACAUACUGUUUCAACUUUGUGCUUCUUUUAUUUUGCCUUUCUCAUUGCCAGUUGCAGUAAAUUAUGUUGAAUGGAAUGUCAGAUAUGCUGCAGAUAUGCCUAUUUGUGGGUAAUGAGUAAAUAAAAUUGUACAUUCUGAUUGACCAAUAAAAUAAACAAAUAAAUGAAUGAAUCCAGUGCUGAUGGUUUUAGGAAAACAUUUCUGUUUAUGUAACAUACUUCUAACAACAAGAAUGCUCAACUGCAAUUCAAAGUUUUCAAAACAAUUAAAAGAUUAUCUUAUUAUUCUGCUCACAGGUGAAAGCCUGAGAGUGACUUCCUGUUAAGUUUCAUAUACAUAUUUUUGUUGUUGUUUCAUAUUGUUCAUUUAUUUUUUAAUCACUCAUUUUUUCUUGGUUUUUAUGCAUGUUUCCUACACGUACAUGUGAUAAAACAUCAGUUGAAGUAAUACCAGUUUUUGAAGUGCAUGUAUAGAAAGGCUUGUUUCAUGAUCAUGCUGAUUACAUACUACUGAAAAAAGAAACACUUCUUUACAUCAUGUUAACUACUUUUAUGUUCAACGGCUUCUAAACUUCAGAACAAAGGAUAUGUGAUUGGCAAUCUACCAGAAUUGGCCAUGGCUCACAACAAAUUUGCCAGGUAAUAUUAAUUUUGUUCCUUUUUUAUAUCUUAAUUAUUUUUAUUCCGUUUAAAUGUUUUACUGCCCUAGUAAAAAGUACACUUACAUGUACCAAAUGUAAGGUGGACCUGAUAUUGAUAUAUAUUUUUUUCCCUUUCUUAUCUUUCAAUUCUUUCCUAUAGGCCAGAACCUAAGCUUCUACCUGAGAAAACCAAUGCUGUGUCCACUGGCCGUGCAAUGGAAGCAUUUCAUUUUGUAAGCUACGUACCAAUCAGUGGAAGACUGUUUGAAUUAGAUGGGCUUAAACCCUACCCUAUUGAUCAUGGUAGGUCCAGUGUCUAUCUCACAAGAUUCCUUUUAACUAAUGAAUAAAUUAAGAAAUAAAUAGCAAUUUAGAGGUACAUGUUCUUGUGAUGGAACCUUACUCCACUUUCCACCAAUGAAGUCACCGAAGACCCUUGGGGAUCACGCUCUUAUGUUCAUUGCCCCAAAGUCGUGGAACAGCCUACCAUGUGGUGACAUACGGACGACCAUGAAUCUAUCAACUUUCAAAAUGAAACUGAAAACAUUUUUAUUUUCCCAAGAAUUUACAUGACUAGGUUCUUAAUUUUAAUUGUAUAUACUUAUUUUUAGAAUUAUCUUUACUAAUUUUAGAAGUCUAUGAAGUGCAAUCAUGACUAGGUUUUUAAUUUUUACUCGUAUAAUACUUAUUAUUAUUUACAAUUAUUUUUAUUGUUUUUAGAACUUCUGUGAAGCACAAUCAAGCAUUUUUAUGGAAAUUAUGCCAUAUUAUUGUUAUUAUUAUUAUUAUUAUUAUUAUUAUUAUUUUUAUUACAUGAAGCACAUUCACAUAGUGGUUCUUCCUCUAGGCUAGCUGAUCACUUGUCAAAUUGGAAUUUGGAAAUGUUGGCUUUUGAGGAGAGAAGAAAACCAGAGUACCAAGAAAAAAAAAUCUUGCCAGCAUAUGGUGUUGACACAAAUUGAACCUGGGUCACAUUGAUGGGAGAUAUUUUUAGUGCUCUCACCACUGUACUCACUAACUUUCCCUUUCAACAAUCACUUUUAGGUCCUUGGGGUGAACAUGAAGAGUGGACAGAAAAAUUUCGCAGAGUGAUAACUGACAGACUGGGGAUAGCAACUGGAGGGUGAGUCAGUAUGAACAAUAAUGAGGGUAUCCACCCGGGGAAGGUGAUUUAGAAAUGUUUGGCUCGAGAUGUAAGGGCUGUCAUUUAGAGCCAGGGGCUGGGGUUUUCCUCUGGCUACAAUGAAUGUGGUACAAUAAUUAUAAAUGAGUGUUGGAAAAUAGAAGAAAAAUAGAACCAAGGCUAGGAUUAAGGAUUUCAGGGGAUAGGGGAAGUACAUUUGUAAGAUGCAACUUGAGACCUAAUGCUUACCCAAAGUUUACAUAAUUGUGGUGCUGUUUAUUAAUUUUCUUGAAACUAAUGUUAAGUGUUUGCUUGCUUUGAACAGUGAGCCAUAUCAUGAUAUUAGAUACAACCUAAUGGCUGUUGUGGCUGACCGAAUGAUCACAUGCGAGGAGAAACUUAAACAGCUAAAUGGAGAAAGGUGAAUUACCUGUAAAAUUUAUUUAUUAUUGUUUUGCAUCUGGGUAGGUUAUGUUGUGUGUUUAAUAGCGGAGCUACACAUGGGCAAACAGAGCCUUAUAGCUACAAUGUAAGAAAAUUAAUUUUGGUUAUCUAUCCAUGUGGGAUAUUGUUUAUAGUCACAUGAACAGACUUCUGCCCAUCUGUCUGUCCACACCACAGGGAAACCAAUGUGAAAUGUCACACUUUCUAGCUUCUGUGGGAACAUUCAACCUGACAGUGCACAUCCAUGUUGUGGUCAAUUGACAGCUGUCAAAACUGGUUAAUGAAAUCUUUGCUUUAGCCUUUGCUAAAUCUGUUAUUAUAUACACAUGUAAGUGAUAUUGACAUCAUGGUGCAAUGAGCCCCUCUCCAUAAAUUUCAUUCUAAUACUAUUUAUUGAGUUAAUUUUUGUUGGUGUUGUACGAGUGUAUUGUGAAAAUGCCUUUUUAUACAUGUAUGUUUUUCUUUACUAAAUAUCAUUAUUAAGAUGUGGAAAUGUGCUUUAUCUUGCAGAGAAACCAUUGUGGAAUCACUGAAAAAGGUAUUUAUCUUGCUUCUUAGCCUCAUAGAAUAGUGGAGACAAUUACAACAUUAGGAUCAAAAUAUUUUCUGCAGCACCUUUUUUUGACAUCUGUAUGUUGUUAUAUCAGGGUGCAAAGAAAAUUAUUUUUACAGCUUGCCAUUCGGGCAAGCUGAAGCUAGCAUUUACUAGCCCAGACGUCAUUUUAACUAGCCCCAAAAACUUUUAGACUGGCAGAAUUGAUUUCACAGUUCUUCUUUUAUUCGAAUUCUUCAUAAAACAUCACUUGCCCGUUGGACAAGUUAAAAAUCGAAUUCACUAGCCCGAUAGCAAAAUCCACUAGCCCCGGGCUGUUGGACACUAUUUUCUUUGCAUGCUGUACACAUGUAAAAAAAAACUGCAGGGGAUAAAUUAAUGCCUAUCCAGUGGUUAUGUUGUGGUUUUUGUUUCUGGUCCUUGUUUUAUUGUUAUUAGGCUAAUUUCAUUUUAGUUUUUGCUGCUAUAAAGGUUUUAGUAAUAGUAAUAAUGAUAAUGACAAUGAUAAUAAUGAAAGAUUUUGUAAAACAUUUAAGGAUAAAAAGCAACGCUAUUAAAACAUGACGUUUCGGCGACGACAUGUCACUAUUAUCAAGUACAAAUGAAAGAGACUAUGAUAUAUAUAGGAGUUGAAGGUGUGAAACACAACUACAUUAAAUUUGAAGAACAAAAGAACGAAAUAAUUAAAUGAAAAGUUUUGCUGCAACGGAGUCGGUUUGAGUGUUUAAGGAUGGUCUCAUUUACUUAAUUAACAACAUCUCACAAAUGAGGCACUCAGUCAAACUUUCCUCGGCGUUUCUGAAGGAUCUUUAAACGUUUUUAGAGAUUAAUAAUGAUGAUGAUUUUGAUCAGGAAGGUGGUGAUGAUGGUGAUGAUGAUAAUGACGAUGAUGAUGAUGACUAGCUGUAGCUAUCGCUAAGUGCUAAUGGGGGGCAAAGAAUCCAGUUUCAGAGAAUGUGUGAAUUCUUUGCACAAUCUGUACAUCCUGGAUCGCACGUGUGAAGGAAUUCGUAUACUUAUUCUUGGUUUGCAACCACGUGACAAGGCAACCGUGUUGGGGGUCAAUACAAUAGUAUUUGAUCUUGAAGUUCCCCCAGGAGAGAAAUGCUUUGGUUUUUGGCCACCAACAUGGCCGCCGUGACGUCACCUGCAAACCAGCAAUACUCGAGUUGAGUCACAGAUGUUACACGCUGGCCGAUGAACACGUGAUUCACUCUGUGAGCUCACUAGCUUGAUUUUGAACGCGCUGGUUCAAAUAUAAACCGUCUAAACUGUGCUACGCUAGCCGCUUUUAUGUACGAGUUCGUUCUCAGGUUAAUUGCUGUUAAAUUUUGGAUAUGUGUGACAUGUUUGGGAUAUGUGUGUCAUGUCUGUCUUGGCAACUGGGACGCUGCCGAUAACAACUCUCUCGUUCACGUUUGAGCUCGCUCGCUCGAUUUUAAUUGAACGCACUUGUUUAAAUAAAAACUCCAAAGAAUACUCUACUAAACUGAACACAGUUCAAAAAACACACAGGCAUUUAAAACUCCUAUUUCUACUCACCUAAAAAUUAAUGUCCAGGAACGUCGGACAAACCAACUGAUAAACAACUCUACCACAACCACGCCUGAUGACUGCGUCAUAUACCAAAUCUCACGCUCUCUCAUUGGUUCUUGUUUUAGCUCUUUUUUUCGUUACCUUACACUGAUAGGCCACUUCCGAGUCCAAAAACCUAUAAUACUCCUUAAAUCGAAUUAAUUCAAUAUGGCCGCCGUAUCGGUAAAAAGGUCUGUUUCGCAAUUUUUUUGUUUCUUGUUUUUCUUGUUUCUUGAAAAAUCAUUUCCAUAUCAAAGUCUGAGCACUUAACCUCGUUUUGAUACAGAGGCCCGGGGGAACUCGGAAAUGGCCUAUUUCUUUACACUUAAUACCUUACAAUAUAGCGCGCUUCGAUAUUAGUUGUAUAAUGCCGCCUCGUCAGCCUCGCGUCUUCCCUUGGCGGACUCGUUGACAAUAUUUGUAAGAGGGAGCUUGUUCCACGACGACGGUAGCGACAAUGAGAACGGCGAAAGAAAGCAAUAGUUGAGAUAAGCAAAACAACAACUUUGCACGUGCAUCACGCUUUUUGUCCAUUUCUUUGCCGUCGUUGCACGACUACCACGUGAAACUGCUUAAUUUCACGUUUUAUGGAGGACGUAAACACCAGACAACUUUGCUCCCGGAAUUUCAAGAAUAUUCGGUUGAGUUGUUCGCAUUUCGGGAAAUUCAACUGUUUCCGAAACUUGUAGAAACUUUUCGGGAAAAUAGACCCUUUCACGGUUUUUUCAACUUUUCACAUUGACAAAUGGCGAAAUCCGUCGACACCACUGGAAAGAGCGUCUAGUUGAUAUUAGUAAAACUGCCAAAUUUGGAAGUGAUGCGUCUUAAGAUAUAGCUCCGCAAAGUUGCGAAAAUUUACAGACGUUUGUAUGGUGGUGGUGGUGGUGGUGGAAGGGAGCACAAACCUUCCCCUCCCCCUCCCUCCUCCCCUCCAUAGAAACGAAUGGAAAGCGCCCGUGGGCAUGCUUGCUGUACGACCAGUGUUUAGAUAUGACUAUUCUGAGUUCUAGUCUUGUAAUAUUCGCAGUUUGAUCCAGCUACCAGUAAAGACAAAACUGCGGCUGUUGCAACAGACUCCCCCUCCCACACAACAGACACCCCAGCACUGGAAAAGACAGACAGCAUUGUCACGACAGCAAGUACUGCUUUGGUAACACCCGCUACUGCUAUGGCAACAACAGUUGCCAUGGCAACACCGUGCACAAUGACAACAUCAGUCGCUAAGCCAACAUCCAUCGCAAUGACAACGUCAGUGGGCGAUGUCCCAGGAAAACCAGGAAACACCGCAGAGACUCCAAAAGAGAAUGGGGACUUAUCGGCAGCAGUGACUACACAACAAAUUGCCGAGGAAAAAAACGAAACUGUUGCGGAGGAAAACAAAAGUGUGCCAUCUGAUGAGUCGCAAAAAAUGGAACAAGGUAAAGAACCUACAGAAGCGAAUCCACCAUUGUCGCCUACAGGAAGUCUACAUUCGGAAUCUGGAGAAUCAGGAACGGGGGUAAGAGUUUGAAUUUCUUUCGGUCAGUUUGACCCCAUUUGUCCCUACUUACUAAUNAGAAACGAAUGGAAAGCGCCCGUGGGCAUGCUUGCUGUACGACCAGUGUUUAGAUAUGACUAUUCUGAGUUCUAGUCUUGUAAUAUUCGCAGUUUGAUCCAGCUACCAGUAAAGACAAAACUGCGGCUGUUGCAACAGACUCCCCCUCCCACACAACAGACACCCCAGCACUGGAAAAGACAGACAGCAUUGUCACGACAGCAAGUACUGCUUUGGUAACACCCGCUACUGCUAUGGCAACAACAGUUGCCAUGGCAACACCGUGCACAAUGACAACAUCAGUCGCUAAGCCAACAUCCAUCGCAAUGACAACGUCAGUGGGCGAUGUCCCAGGAAAACCAGGAAACACCGCAGAGACUCCAAAAGAGAAUGGGGACUUAUCGGCAGCAGUGACUACACAACAAAUUGCCGAGGAAAAAAACGAAACUGUUGCGGAGGAAAACAAAAGUGUGCCAUCUGAUGAGUCGCAAAAAAUGGAACAAGGUAAAGAACCUACAGAAGCGAAUCCACCAUUGUCGCCUACAGGAAGUCUACAUUCGGAAUCUGGAGAAUCAGGAACAGGGGUAAGAGUUUGAAUUUCUUUCGGUCAGUUUGACCCCAUUUGUCCCUACUUACUAAUCUCCUGUCAGGUGCCUCAGUGUACCUUUCUUUGGCUCCUUAUACCUUUUGGAAGCAGUCAAGUUACAUAUUCCUGUUGUACAGAACUGACUAUGGGGUGCAUACUCGUUUAACCAUUUCACCACCACAAAAGUGGCCAAAGUCAAUCUUUAAAAACACUUCGACAUGACAGUUUGUAAAAUGCUUUAAAAAUAAAUAAAUAAAUAAAAUAAUGAUAAUGAUAAUAAUAAAAGUAGGUUGCGUUUGAUCGUCCGGGUGAACGUAGUCCUGAAUAGGACUGUUGUUGUUGACAGUGACUGACGUUUCGACAACCUGUGCGGUAGUCAUCUUCAGAGUUAAAGUGAGUUGUAUCACGUAAGUUGAUGGUAUUAUACUCUGGUUAGCGAUGUUAUUGGUCGUCUGUCAGUUAAGCCGUGAUGGUAUUGGCUAUGAAGACUCGUAAUUUGAAUGGUAACAUCAUAGGAUUUCAUCCACAGACUCAAAAGUUAGAACUCCAUACUAAAUAAAUAGUACCAUGUGAAAGUACUGCUGAAGAGGUUUCAUCUGAAUGGUAACACCACAGGAGUUUGUCCACAGAAUCAAAUGUUAGAAACAUCUUACAACGCUCCAUCGUUCACUAGGUCGUGACUUUGAAUUUACUAGAGGACGAUAUGACCUUAAAUCUUCUAAAAAGCUGCUAUGAAUGGUAUUUUCUUUGUUGAUGUUUCCAGGAGACCACCGAGACAGCUCCAUCAGAAGAUCAACAGGAUUACACUGAAACCUUUUCAUUCUCUGACUCCGAGACAGUGGUCAGCAGUCAUGAUGGUAGAGCAGGCGCAGAGGAGCUGUCCAGUGACCCAGAUAAUGGUGACACUGGCACAAAGAGUCAGCCGAAGCUAAAAGGUAGAGGAAGUAUUGACGUUUGGAUAGACCGUAACACCGCACGGUGGACUUUCUCCACUAAAUUUUGCUUGUUUAUUUGUUUGUUUGUUUUAACAAAAUAUUAUCUGAUUGGCGUUGUAGAUGACGAAAAAAGAUCUGCAAAGAACGCUAACCAAGAACCUGUCCCGAAUUAUGGCUUUUCUAUUCCAUUGAGUGAGUUGGCCAAGAUUUGUUCAGAAACUCAGGUAAGCUGGGUCUCGCUAAUAGCAUGGAACAAGAUAAAUUUGUGAAUUAAUACUUUUAAAACGGAGGGGGGCGGGGGGCGGGGGGUGGCGGGGAAGAAGAGAUUAAUCACUACUGACUCACUGACAUACUGACUGACUGACUUCAGGACCUGUUGACUGGAUGGCUGAUAGAUUGAUCAGCCGACUGACUGACUGACUGAUUGGCAGACCGACUGCUUGAUUGUUUGAUUGUCUCAUGUAUGCCCGAGUUGCUGGGCAGCUGGCUAGCCAUUACAAGUUUGUUUAAUUGUUUGUUUACUUUACCACAGAAACACAGUCGUCAAAAUUGAAGCUGGAUUACUCUAAGACCGUAUUAUUUCACGUUCCUUGGCCUUUCCUCUUAUUUUGCUUAUGACCCAGGUUUUGUCACCAAAUCGCAAAACGAUGAAAAAAAUGAAUGAUUGACCGACAAGCUAAAGCUAACAUGGAGCUGUGUUUCUUAUGUCGCUUUUUUAUUCUUUCAGGUUCUUGUUACCCAACUACACCAGGUAGAGCGUCAGAUUCAAGCGAAUGAAAAUUCCUUGAGAGAAGAAAAAGAGAAACGGAGGAAGUACUACGUAUGUAUUAAUUCUUUGUGAAUUUUGGCGGGCACUAUAUUUUUAAUGGCGGCAAUAGUCAAGAUCAUCACUGGAGCUGUUGAAGCAUGCGCACUGAGUAGUACACACGUGAGGGAGUAGUCUGGGAACAAGAACGUAUCACCAGAUUUGCGCGUGUUCUACAGCCUUUAGAGAGUUUUCAUUGACAUGGUCAGCAUCUAUGCAUAAUUAUUGAAACAAAAGGACGUUUUUGCAUAAGAAAAGUUUUCAACUCCAGGAUUGGUUUGGAACACCAACAUGGCCGCCGUUUCAUUAUUUUAUUUCAUUUAUAUAGCGAACAUGAAGUCGUGUGAAAAAGUUCUAUUGUAGGCGGUCGAAAACAUUCAAAAACGCUAGUGGGGCGCGCACCUGUGUUAACACGAAACGCGCGGGUUUUCGAGACGACUAGACCAUAUUCACAUGUAUUUUAGAUGCUUUCUAUCUUGAUAUAGUUCACGUGACGGUACUUACAAGAUUCGCCCCUUUGUGCCACUGGAAAUAAUGAGUGCUCGAGUACUAGAAUAAUUAUUGUCACAAGAUCUGCGCUGUGGCCAAAAAAAGGAAAAAAAACGCAAGCGAAUGAAGUCUGUCAGGGUGAAUGAGUGUGACAAUACGUUUUGGUUAACGAAUGAAAAUUUCUUCAUCUAAUUAUUUAUUUAUUGUUAUUAUUCCAUUUCUUUGCAGAUCGAUCACAGUCGCCGAACUCAUGACUACGAUCCUUUUAUUCGCACAUUUUUGACCAUGUUAGCUGAACAGGGACACCUCGCUCCGCUUGUUGAACAACAGAACUCUCUUAAGCGUAGACUUCCCCAAACCAAACCUCACUUAAAACAAUUAAAGCGAGUGUACAAACGCAAGAAGCCGAGAUAGUUUAAACGGAGACGUCGUUUUGCUGAUGAGGGUAAUUUUCACCGGAUUUAAAAUGGUUUGCUCGACUGAAGAACUUAAAGCGAGUGUACAAAGGAAAGAAGCCAAGAUAUUUAAAGAGGACUUCGAACAGCCAACUGUAAAUUCUUUCGAAACAAAAGUUACCGUCUUAACAGUCAGCCAAUGUUCGGAAGGAAUGUUUAAUUCAGAGAUCCGAAAUUUUCCAUAUCCUGUGUUUCUCGCAGGGAAAAACGACAUAUUUUAAUGUGGACUAUUUCUCAACGUUCUGGGACAUUUUCUGUCAUUUUUCGCCAAGCCCCGUACGAUGGCGUUCGGUUCCAGGCCUCCUUUGAUCACUUUCGCAGUGUGAACUGGGCUGAGGACUGAGCUCGAUUUGCACCGCUUCAAGUGCGCAGCUGAAGCGUGAAGACUAGAGAGAUUAAGAUUCACAUUAACGACAAACGGCAAACGUGAAUCUGUACCACGUGACCAAGUGUUUCCCUUAAUUGUCGACAAGUGUUUAUUACUUCAACUAAAAAAUAACUAGUUUUACGCCAGUUUUAUACAUAACAACUGUUCUGGACAUUUUUUUUGUCUGCUUAUUUUCUAUUCGGAGGAAUUCUUAACAUGAAUCUGACGUUUGCCGUUUGGCGUAGACGUGAAUCUUUAUCUCUCUACUGACCCUGAGAUCCGCUGAGGUAGAGAUUUUCCAUGUUUUGUGUACGAGAUUACUGUACACAAUCACAUCAUAGCGGCACGAACUCAAGCAAACGUUACAAAGUGUAGAACUAGCUAAAACAACUAAAUAGGAUAUAAAGAGCGAGAGAG